UUGCCCCCACCCCAGGAGAGGGGGCCAUCCCCCCCAGCAGCACGGAGCCAGACAGCCCCUCUGGCACCGGACUCUCCGUUGCCCCCACCCCAGGAGAGGGGGCCAUCCCCCCCAGCCCAGAGGAAGAGACUUGUGCUGACUGCCCCGGGCAGGGGGCCCUCCCAGCCGCCCUGGCAGAGGCUGCAGUCCCCACCGGCGCAGAGGAACAGGCUGCCCCCGAAUCCCUGGAGAGGACGGAGGCUGUUGGUGCUGGUGCAGCCCCACUUGUGGAGAGUGCUUUGCCCCUCACGGGGGGUGCAAGAACCAGCUGCCCCAUGGAAUCCCUGCCCCCCACCUCGGCCCCUGUGGGGCAAGAUGUAGACUGGGAGCUUUUGCGCUCAGGCAUCUUCCAGCUGACAGGCGGAGUAGACCGGAUGGGAAGGGCCUUGCUGACUGUCACCCCCCAGCCCCCAGGGGAGCCGGCCCCAGCCCAGGGGGAGCUGAGCCAGGCCCUGCGGUACCUGCAUUCGCUGCUCAGGAAGGAGCAGCAGGAGCUGGGGCUGACGGGGCUGCUGGAUCUGCGGCAAGGAGGGGCUCUGCCCCUCCACCCCCCUGCACUGCUGCCAGCCCUGCAGGAGCUGCAGGAGGCUUCACCAGCUCCUGUGAGCCGCCUGCUGGUGCUGGCCCCGGAGGGCUGCGAGGAGCUGCCCCUCAUUCAGGAGGCACUCGUGCUCUCCCCAGGCGACCUGCCCCAGUUCGUGGACCCAGAGCAGCUGCAGACGACUCUGGGCGGGACCCUGCAGCACUCGCAGACCCAGUGGGUGGAGAUGUGCCAGGCGCUGGAGCGGCUCUGCGGGCUCUGCCAGGGCGUGAUCCAGUCGGUGCAAGUGGCCAGUGCUGAGUUGGAGGCAUCGGAAUUGGCCGAGAGUGACGAGGCGCUCUCUGUGCGGAUCUCCGGGCACAAGGAUGCCAUGCAGAAGCUGCUGUCAGAUCCACGGCUGCUGGAGUUGCAGAGCAGCGGGGGGUCCCUGCUGGCUCGACUGCCCCCACCAGGAACCUGCAGUGCCCAGGCCGCGAGGGCUGCCAGCUUGUAUCAGGAGGUGGACGAUGCCAUUCAUAGGCUGGUGCAGCUCAGCAAUCGGCGCCUGGGACAGCUGGAGCAGGAGAGGGGCUGCCGGCAGCUGACACAGGCUGUGGGCUGGCUGGCUGACCGUGGGGAGCAGGCGCUGGCAGGUUUCACCCCCAUGGAGGUGGGGGAUUCGGUGGUGGCCGUGGAGGAGACGCUGGCGAAGUUUGAGGCUUUUCACACCCUCGCCAAGGAAUGGCUGGCCCGAGGGCACGAGGCUCUGCAUCUGGCUGGUGACAGGGACCUGGCAGCUGAGGGGCAGCAGCUGGAGAGCUUCGAGCGCCGGCUGGAGAGCUGUGCGCACACCAUGCACAGUGCCCUGCGGCUGCACCGCUUCCUGCAGCAGGCUCAGGACUGGGCCCUGGAGGGCGUCCGGCGCCUGUCGGCCAUUGAGGAUGGCGCAGGGCCAGAGGUGGUGCUGGGGACGCUGGGCCAGUACUGCCAGCAGCAUGGCGAGAUCUCGGACAGCGCCUUCCAGGAGAUGCGUGGGCUGGCAGUGCAGAGUCCCUGGGCGCUGCGGGAGUUGGGGCGCUGCCGGGCUCGCUGCCAGGAGCUGGGGCGCCUCCUGCAGCGGCGGCUGGAGGUGGCAUUGCAGGCUGGACCCCAGCCCCGGCGCCGGGCUGACAGCACCAGCGCCUCCUGCUCACCGCAGCGCCCAACGAGGGGCCUGGGCACCGGCCUGGGCUCCUCCCGCAGCAUGAGCUGCCUGCUGCCUCCGCCCGGCAGCCUCUCCCCUGGCCUGUGUGAGGUGCCCUCUUGCCACUCACUAGCGUCCCCCAGAGGCCCCAUGGAGAACAGCGACGAAGAACGGAGCCCCCCUCCCACCAGCUCCUCCACCGCUGCCUUCUUCCAGGCACCCACGCUGCCUCUGGGCACACUGCCCCCCUGCCAGCAUCCUGCAAAGGGUCCCCCCAGCACGCAGAGGGCACUGAGCGAGCCCGGCCCUCCCCGCCCCAGCGUCCUCAUUCGCGGCCUGGAAGUGAGCAGCCAGGAGGUAGUGGACCGGACCUGCUCGCCCCGGGAGCACGUGAUGCUGGUUCGCAGCAGCGCCCAGAGAGCCGAGGCGCCAUGGGGGAGCACGCCCAGCACUGAGCGGAAACGCCGCCUGGGCGCCCAGCAGCGGCUGGUGGCAGAGCUGAUUGCCUCGGAGCAGGAGUAUCUAGGCUGCCUGGCUGAGUUGCUGCCCCUGGAGUCAGGGUGCCAGGAGCUACCCCCCGAGCUGAAACGCGAGUGCGGUGCCUUGGAGGGCACCCGUGACCGGCUGCUGGGCUUCCACCGCACCUACUUCCUGAAGGAGCUGCAGGGCUGCGCCAGCCAUCCUCUCCGUGCAGGGGGCUGCUUCCUGCGAUAUGCGGACCAGUUCAGUCUCUAUGCCCUCUACGUGAAGAACCGGCAGAAGCUUGAUGCAGCACUGGCCUCUCAGCAAGCUGCCCACAAGACAGUACACAGCAGCCUAGAAGGUCCCUGGGAGGACACAGCGCUGGCAAGUGCCCUGCAGAGGCCCCUGGAGCAGCUGGAGCACUAUGGGCGCUUUCUGGAGGAGCUGCUGCAGGAGACAGACCUGGAGCAGGCGCCGGAGCGCGAGGCCUUGCGGGCAGCGCAGCAGCUGCUGGAGUCCCAGGUGCAGCAUGGCAGGAACCUGCUGGCCAUGGAGCAGAUCCGGGGCUGUGAGCUGGAGUUGAAGGCGCAGGGGCAGCUGCUGCACCGGGACGAGUUCACCGUGCUGCGUGGGCGCCGCAAGUGCCAUCGGCAUGUCUUCCUCUUCGAGCAGCUGCUGCUCUUCAGCAAGCGCAAGGGCACCGAGGGUGGCUUGGACGUCUAUGUCUACAAGCAGGCCUACAAGACAGCAGAUAUGGGGCUGACGGAGAACAUCGGGGAGAGCGGGCUGCGAUUUGAGCUCUGGUUCCGGCGUCGCAAGCUCCGUGAGGCCUACACGCUGCAGGCCUCCUCACCCGAGGUGAAGCACAAGUGGACCAGUGCUGUGGCCCAGCUGCUGUGGAGGCAGGCCACGCUCAGCAAGGAACUGCGCACGCAGGAGAUGGUCACCAUGGGCAUCGGGGACAAGCCCUUUGUCAGCGUCCAGGGCCCCAGCCAGGCUCUGCUGAGCAGCCUGCUCACAGGCAGAGCCGCCCGCACCCGUGCCUCGGUGGCUCUCUCUUCCUUCAGCCCCUGGGCCGGGGCCCCAUGCUCCCCGCCAGCUGCCACGUCGUCUCCCCGCCCUGGCCCUGCCCCCCUGGGCCUGUUCUGCGAUGCCAGCCCUGUGCCCCCUGCGGCAGGGCGCUCCCCUGGGGCCUGCUCAUUGCCAGGGCACCUGGAGGAGGAGGAGGAGUGGGAGCUGGACGUCAAGCACAUCCCCCGCGCGUCCGAGACAGCCGCUGGCUCAGGAGCUGCCCUGGCUCUGGGGGAGCCGUCCCCCAGGGGGGCAGAGUCGCCAGGGGGCUCUGCCCCAGUGCAGCGCCGGCCGAGAGACGGCCACGCCCCCCCCGACCUGGCGACCCCGCUCUGACCCUGGCACCGAGAGCUGGGUCUGGAGCCUGCACAGGAAGCUGUUUGCCUCGCGUGGCCGCGUGGGGCAGGAUCGGAGCCCUGGGGCCGCCAGGAAUAGGACAGUCUGAGCCCCUGGCAGACCCCUGGCACCGCACCCCACAGGCUUAUCCCCACGGAUCCUCCCCUCCCCACCCACUGCAUGGAGCCACCAGACGACCCCAAGCCACUACCCCACGGGUCUUCCCCUCACCCUUCAUGGGACUACUAGGGCCCUGUAGCUACCAUGCGAGCUGGGGGAGGGUAUCAGUGGAGGGCGCAGUGCCCCAUGGCCUGGGAGGGGAAGGACAGUGAUGGUGUGGGCAGGAAACCCAUCUGGCCUAGGCAUCAGAGCAGUUAGGGCUGGCAUGCACCCUGGGUCUGGCCUGGGACUGCCCCAGCACCUGAAUAGUAUGAGGACCCCGAGUGUGGCCUGCACACUCACCGAGCCCUACGCGCACGUGCAGAGCAGAGCCCCCAUGAGGAUUGGCACAUACAUGCAUACUGAUCCUUGUCUCACCCAGCUGUGCCUCCACGUGCAAUGACCCCUUCACGUGCACAUGCCCACUCACACACUGAUCCCUGUCUCACCCAGCCAUGCCUCCACGUGCAACGACCCCUUCACAUGCACACGCAAACACUGAUCCCUGUCUCACCCAGCUGUGCCUCCACAUGCAACAACCUCAUUCACGUGCACACGCCCACUCACACACUGAUCCCUGUCUCACCCAGCCGUGCCUCCACGUGCCACAACCCUUGACGUGCACACGCCUACGCACACACUGAUCCCUGUCUCACCCAGCCGUGCCUCCACGUGCUACGACCCCUUCACGUGCACACGCCCACUCACACACUGAUCCCUGUCUCACCCAGCCGUGCCUCCACGUAUCACAACCCCUUCAUGUGCCCACGCACACACUGAUCCCUGUCUCACCCAGCCGUGCCUCCACGUAUCACAACCCCUUCAUGUGCCCACGCACACACUGAUCCCUGUCUCACCCAGCCGUGCCUCCACGUGCUACGACCCUUGACAUGCACACGCCCACGCACACACUGAUCCCUGUCUCACCCAGCCGUGCCUCCACGUGCUACGACCCUUGACAUGCACACGCCCACGCACACGCAGAUCCCUGUCUCACCCAGUCGUGCCUCCAC